GUCGUCGCGCUCGAGCAACCUUCCUCCGCGCCCCCAUCUCCGCCGUUGCUGCCGCUCUUAGCCAGCACAGCGCCGCGCGCAAUGCAGGCGCACCAGAUGUAUGCCCAUGGCCAGUCGAACAAGGGCACUCUCGUCCCCGGCCAGUCCAUCGCCGUCAACAAGUACACCGUCCAGGUCGAGCGCUAUCUCUCACAAGGUGGCUUCGCGCACGUCUAUCUCGUCCGCACCGCGACACCCGUCUACGGCACCACCCACCAUGUUCUCAAGCGCAUCGCGGUCGCCAACGAUGCCAUGCUCACGGAGGUCAAGCAGGAGGUCGACAUCAUGCGAUUGCUCAGGGGACACCCCAACAUCGUGCACCUUAUUGAUGCCGCCUGGCACAAGCUCCCCAACGCAACAUACGAAGUCUUCAUCCUCAUGGAGUUUUGCCCAGGUGGAGGAAUCAUCGACAUGAUGAACCGCCGGCUUCGCGAACGUCUCACAGAAGCCGAGAUCCUGCAGAUAUUCGUCGACGUCUGCGAGGGCGUCGCCUACAUGCACAACUCCCGUCCGCCCCUCCUCCACCGCGAUCUCAAGGUCGAGAACAUCCUGCAGUCCAGCCCCACCUCCUUCAAGCUCUGCGACUUUGGCUCAGCAGCGACCGUGCGCCGGCCGCCCACCACGAUGCAGGAGAUUCGUGCAGUCGAGGCGGAUCUCAACCGGCAUACCACCCUCCAGUACCGCGCGCCAGAGAUGGUUGAUCCUUACCAGCGCCGUCCGAUCGACGAGAAGAGUGAUGUGUGGGCACUUGGGGUUCUGCUCUACAAGUUGUGCUACUAUACAACCCCAUUCGAAGAGCACGGCCCACUAGCCAUUCUGAACGUGCAAUAUCGGAUACCGCCCUACCCCGUCUAUUCAGCCAACAUGAACGCAUUGAUUGCGUCGAUGCUGCGGGAACAUGGCACUCAGCGACCCUCUGUGUUCGAGGUACUCAACCGCGUGCAUGCCCUCCGAGGGACGAAAUCGCCGUACAACUAUGUCAUUCCCGCCACGCAGCCCCUCUCCCCUAGCGCCUCCCGCAUUGUCUCCCCGCUUGACAACACGAUCUCCUACCGCUCCUCUUCGCAAGCCAAGGCCGCUAUCUCAAGCUCUCCUACCAAGAACCCAGGCGUACAAGCUCGUGACAAGGUACUUGAGGCCAUCGCGCCGAUGCGAAGAGGUCGGCCCGCCGGUCACGAGCGCUCAAAGUCUAAAUCCAAGUCGCGCCCAACGACACCGAGCAAGGAGCAGGCUAACUGGCUGGACGGAGACUUCAAUGCGGCGGAGGAGAAGGCGUGGCAAGCUGUUUCGUCGCAGGCCGGUACGCCAGCGAAGAAGCCCUCGUCAGAGGAUGCCUGGGCCGUACAUGCCAACGCACCAGCCGCGGCACCGCAGGCUAACAAGACACCCGGCUUCGGCGACGACUUUGCGGAGAAGCUUUGGGACUCAUUCGAUCCUAAGGCGAAGCAGCAAGCCGCAAACCUCGGCGCGUCUAACGGCCCGUCGAUGCCCUCCUCGCUGGCACCUAAGGCGACCAUUACCCCGCGCGCUCCCAGUUUUGGGGCGGCGAAUCUGCGGCGUGCGCCCACGGUGUCGACGCGGCCGAAGGGGGACGCGUUCGAGGGAUUGGGGAUCGCCUCCUCGAACAGGGAGCCGGCGCCAACCUUGGGGGAGGCGAGAAAGCUGCGCACAGGGCUGGCGUACAUGAGCUCAAGCGCGACGCCAUCGAGAGACACUGGCGCAUCCCAAUCUUGGCAGCAGCAGCAGUCCGACUCCCGCUCGCCUGUACCUUCGCCAAAUCUGCGGCCUGUCAAUGCGGGUGGUUGGAGGCCCUCGCCGUCACCCAGUGCACAAGGCGAUGGCGACGCGGAGACGCGCUUCCCGUCGCUGGAGGAGCUGGACAAGACGUUCGGGUCGCCGGGAUCGGAGCACCCGCCAUCGAGCUCGUAUCAAUCAUCUCAUAUGCAGGCAUUGAGCUCGCAGUAUCAGUCCGCCAAUGCACAUCACCAGCCUUCAAGCUCGCCGGGAAAUGUCAGGCUACCGCCUCUGGCCAGCAGCCAACCCAACCUCGAGAUGCAGAGACCGUCGAGCUCGCGCACGGGUACCUCGUCCUUCCUUCGUCCCAGCGGCACGCCUAUGGGCAACAACGGUGUCAAAUCUGCGCACGUCACUGGCGUCGCAAUGCGCGACCACGACGCGCGUGGGGGUUCGGGCGACUCGAUGUUCGGCAACGCGCGCAUGUCGCGUAUGCCUCUCAAGGAGUCCCCCACCUCACCGACGCGUCCGCCCCUUACACGCAAGCACCGCAGCUCAGUGUCGAUCAAGCACUCUCCGCAGCCCAGUGCGGACGACUACAGCCCGUCGGACAACCCGCCGAAACUCCCUCCGCGCCGGCAGCAGCCGAUGCAGCAGACGGACUGGCUCACGGGCGAUGACGAAGCAGUCGAGCGCCUGCCCUCGAACCCAACGGCGGCGAGUUCGAGCCCGAUCCCCAUCCCGGCGAACAAGAACGCGGACGCGCCGCGCCCCGUAGUGCGCGAGUCGCCGAGCAAGCGCGCCAGCGUGAUGUACAUGCACGUCAAGCAGCCGUCCCAGGGUGAGCAGGGACUGAUCCCUGAGCCUGCACCUGCGCCCAGUCCAACCCCGAGUCCUGCGCCAGGCAUCGAGGCUACACCGUCGACGGCGUCGGCGUACAGGGAGCGGGCGGAGCGCAUGUUCCCUGCGCUGGACAUCGAUACAAAGCCUGUAGUGGCAUCGCCGCAGCCGACGGGCACGACGCAGAGUAGAGAGGAGCCGCCGUCGAGCGCGGAUGAGGAUGGGCCAGAGGACGCUGGUGGUUUCCAACCGAUGAGGAAGUCGAACGAGACGCCGAAGGCGAGACAUAAGGCGCGACAAAGCUCGGUACACGAUCUUGUGGAUCUAUGGGGUGGAGGGCUGACGUCGAAAGAGAAGGAGCAGCAACAGCAACAGCAGCAGCAACGGCCUGCAUCGUCUGCCGCGCAGAAGCGAAGGUCGGCGAUGCCCUCGCUGUCAGGGGUGCCAUCCGCGUCUGCGUCGCCGGGACCGGACUCGCGAAGGCCACCAUCGCCGCGCAAGCAGCACAAGGAAUCGUCCUCGAUCACGAGCGCUAGGCAGCAGGCGGCCGCCGUACCACGAUCUCCUGGCCCAGCUUCCCCGAUGUCGGCCAGGACCAACUCGUCCUCCCGACCGCAGUCAAUGUUCCUUUUCCCCUCGCAGUCGCCCGAGAUGUCCUCGGGGAACAACAGCUUAGCUGCUCCCGAGGGGCAGAAGCCGCGCGCGGGCAUGCGGCGGACGUCCAUCUCCGAUAUGGUGCAAAAGUACGAGGCGAUUGGCGGCAAAGUCAGGCCUGUUGCCAGUCCUGCGCCUAUCAACACGUCGGCUGCGAGACCUUCAGGGCUGAGAGCACCAGAGCAGGGCGGUCUUCGACGAGACAGGUCGCCUACGAGUCCUUCGUUCUCUAUGGGCAACGGGAACCUGCCACUGCCGCAGGAUACGACGGGGAGGUUCACCCAUGCUUCCAGGUCUUCGUCACCGACGGGUUUGCCCUCCCGCUACUCGCCCGGCCCAUCCCCGACGUCGACUGGCAUGCCAAGGAGCUCGCCGUUUAUGCAGAAUCGCGAGCUCAAGCAGGAAACGGAGCUCCCAUACAAGCCGCGAGUGCGCAAGCCCUCAGCGACUCCAUCUGCUGGAGUUGCGAGGCCAGACCCGCCUUCGCGCAAGCAGUCAGAAGACUCGCCUGAGCCUUAUCAGGGCGUUGGAAAGCUCAUCCAGCAGUGGCAGCGGAAGCAGGAGGAAUCGGACCCUUCACGGGAUAACAAGCGGGGAGGCAAUGGGAGUGGCGGUUUGGUGGCAGGCCGGCGUGCCGCACUGGUUGGGGCAUCCGGUCGCGGAUGA